AUGGACCCGGAAGUUUCACUGAUCUCCUUCGAGGUUUUUCCGUAUGGAUCUGUUCCAUUAAAAACAUAUCUUCCAGAUGGAGAUAUUGAUUUAACUGCACUCAGUUGUCAAAACAUUGAGGAUGGCUUGGUAUCUGAUGUUCGUGCUGUUCUUCAUGGAGAGGAAAUUAAUGAAGCUGCUGAAUAUGAAGUAAAGGAUGUUCGUUUCAUUGAUGCAGAGGUUAAGCUUGUUAAAUGCAUUGUACAAGAUAUUGUUGUAGACAUCUCUUUCAAUCAGUUAGGAGGACUAAGUACAUUAUGUUUUCUUGAGAAGGUUGAUAGACUUGUUGCGAAGGAUCAUCUUUUCAAACGUAGUAUUAUCCUGAUUAAAGCUUGGUGCUAUUAUGAGAGCCGUAUACUGGGUGCCCAUCAUGGUCUGAUUUCAACAUAUGCUUUGGAGACCCUGGUCCUGUAUAUUUUCCAUCAGUUCCAUGUAUCCUUAGAUGGUCCUCUAGCAGUUCUCUACAGAUUUUUGGAUUACUUCAGCAAAUUUGAUUGGGACAAUUAUUGUGUUAGUUUGAAGGGACCAGUUAGCAAAUCUUCUCUGCCUAAUAUAGUAGCUGAGGUUCCUGAAAAUGGAGGAAAUACCCUACUGACUGAAGAAUUCAUUAGAAGCUGUGUGGAAUCAUUCUCAGUACCAUCAAGGGGGCCUGAUUUAAAUUUACGUGCAUUUCCCCAGAAACAUCUUAACAUCAUUGAUCCAUUGAAGGAAAACAACAAUCUUGGCCGGAGUGUCAAUAAAGGCAUAAGAUUUGCAAUAUUGCAAGAGAGUCCCUCUCUUACUGCCCAACCCCUUAAGGUACUGCUUUCAGCAGUUCCUCUAUUUGAGCAAACUAUCCACCCAGAGUUCUUGGCUUCUUUCUGGUGUACCCAUGGCACUCUGGCUGGGUUUCUUGCCAACUUACUAUGUGUGUACUGUGGUGCGUUUAUUCACCCGGUCCUGCUCAAAGGACUAGUGCUCAGCCACCGUGUGAAUGGGGAGGCUGCUGGGUAUGGUGGAUGUUUGGAUUCAAUUGAAAGGUGCUAUCUGAAGGCACCAUUAAAUCAGCUGUUCCUAGCUCCUGCCCUGUGUUGUGAUCUCUCCCCUGGAAUGGCUUUUUGGAAGGUCUUUUUCCCUGCCACCAACAGUAUGGCACUAGAUGUGCGAGAGGACUAUCAAGACAAAUAUUUGGUGAACUAUGUGAACAAAAAAUGUAAUUUUUUUCGAAUACGCAGUGCGUUUAAGUAUGGUGCUCGUAAACUUGGCUGGAUUCUUAUGUUACCAGACGAUAGAAUAGCAGAUGAGCUUAUUAGGUUCUUUGCAAACACUCUGGAAAGGCAUGGAAACACUCAGGUGAAUGUAGAUAAGUCAGUUUUGAGCUUAUCUACAGCAUCAAAAAAGGAUGGAAAACCUGGAAAUCAACAUAAUUAUGAAGACAGAGAGGAAAUACAAGAUGCCUCCUCUUUGGCUGGGGAGUUCUUUGAUUUCUCUGGGGAUGGAAAUGCUGUUGCAAGUUUUAAACUUAGUGAUGAUUCUAGGGAUGUUGCAACAUCUGGAGUCUUGGAUAUUGCAAGCACUAAUGAUUUGUCAUAUUGUACCAAUGGGCAAAUUGAAAAUAAUAUUUCUAACACUGAACCUGCUCUGAAUUCUGUUAUUGAUGAAGGUAUGGUGAGCAAUUCUCCCAAAUCACAUACUGAUGAAAAGAAUAUGGCAUCUUUUGGUUCAGCUGUUUCAAUAGAUGCUAAUAUCCUUGAAAAUAAUUUCUUUCAUAGUGAUAGAUACACUACUAGUGUUUCUGGGGGUACUGAAGCUUCAAAGUCGUUGUUAGACCUUACCGGGGAUUAUGACAGUCACAUUGGGAACUUACAAUAUGGUCAGAUAUGUAAUGGUUAUACUGUCUCUCCUGUUCUGCCUAGUCCUCCUAGAUCUCCAAAGUUCCCAAAUAGAAAUCCAUGGGAAACUGUUCGACAAUGUGUACAGAUUAAUCACAGUAUUCGUUCUCAGGCAAACUCAAAUUGUGUAAUUGGACAACAAGUUUACGUCAUAAAUCAUCCUACUCUGCCAAUGACGUCUUUUGCUUCAGAAGAGAAGAGGAAAAUACGAGGAACAGGCGCAUACUUCCCUAAUAUGGCUUCUCGUCCAUACAGGGAUAAUAAGCCAAUGCCAGGAAGGGGAAGGGGCCAAGCACCAGGUUCUCAUGGGCAUCUGCAGAGACACACCCGUAACAAUGGCUUGGCCCUAGCUCCACAAGAAAUGAAUUUGUCUGCGGAAGGAACAUUUGAACAUUCUCUAGAAGGAUACCCUGCUAUUGGUAUCACUAAAACCAGAUCAUCUGAAACCUAUUUCCCUCAACCUUCUACAUGGGGAUCACAUUAUGCGAAUGGUUUCCUUCAAUCAUCUGAGAAACAUGAAUCUGGAUCUGUGAGCCCCCAGCUUCGCUUAUCCCCAAGAAUUGAAAUGAGCAAUUACCCUGACCCAGGCUUUUCUACAUCUAGGGGCACUGUGCCUAACACUGGGGUGGUGACAGAGGAGAAGUCUAAUUCAUUGUCAGUUGUUGAUUCCAAAAGGAUUGACGUGCAAGCUUAUCAUUUGAAGAAUGAAGAUGACUUUCCUCCACUUUCCCACUGA